GAAGCUCAGUUACGAGAGAAAAAACAACAACAUUUAUUUAUAAUACAUUCUAACUGAUAGUGGAAAUUAAAUACAAAAUUACAAGGCUUGUGGAAAAUAUAAUAAACAAACACGAAACACAACAACAUGCUAAGCAUUCUAGUAAUUUAGAACAACCAUAACAAUGACAGUGGUGAAACAUUUGAUACGUAUUGCAAAAUAAAGUUAUUCUGAACCUAACAACCCAGUUACUACAUAGAGCUAAUCGUACAAUUUGUUUGUGUAAUACUUUUUAGUAACUUUUUUACUUAAACAAUAUCAUUUUUAUACAUUUAAUUUAUAAUCUUUAUCAUUAUUGUCGUCAUCAUCGACACACGUAGUUACUUUUAUUUGGAUUUUCAGCUCUAGCAGGGGUGAAGUAGCUUGGUUCACUUUUUACUCUUUGAUGUCGUUGCGCAGUCAUAAUUUCAUCCGGAGAUGUUUGUUUUAUUACACAGCAUAGCCUUAAAAUUAUAUCCUCUACCGCCAACAUUAGCGAUUAUUAACCCCGCCCAACAAAAACCUCUUUAUCAUAGUGAACAGUCUAUAAAUUGAAUGUGCAAAACACAAUGUGGUCGCAUUAAAAUUGAACUUGUUUUUUUCAUCCGAGUUUUUAAUAUCUAGAGUUGCCAUUAAAGGAGCUAAGAACUAAUCUUUGGUCUUCAUUAUUUUUGAUGAUUAUAAGACAAGGGAAUCGGGUCUAUCUGGUUAGAUCUCAGUUCAUGAUACGACGGAGGGAAGCGGAAAGCUGUCGGAUGUUGAUGACGUGGUAGUUGCUUGGCGCGGAAGUUUGUUUUCUACGUUGUGUUUCUGUAUUAGAAAUUUGUUGACCGUCUUCGAAAACUGACAAUUAUUUUGACAGUCACCAAAUUACACACAUCACAGAAGUAAGAUGAUGCGCAAAAAACGUCGUUCCUGCGUGGAUAAGACAGAGACAACCGUCACAUCUACCAAGGCAAAAAAGAGCCGCAGCACUGGCCGUCCUCCCAAAGAAGCUGUUCCAGAGGAAAUAAAUGAGAAUGUGUUCACCAAGUUUCUUAGAGAAGCGGGAGUUACCCUGAGAAACAAUGGCACUGGCAACGAGAUUGCUGUCGACCAAGUCGUUUUCCAGAAAAGGAUUCAACAACAAAUACGGAAGAAUCCCAAGUACCCUGAGAUUGUUCAGGAGUUCAUUUCAGGAUUAGAGAGUCACAUCGAGGAACCUGAGAGGUUUAGGAACUGCCUCUUGCCAUGUGUUCCACGACUGUCUGACGGAGAUGACAGUUCCGUCUGCUCAUUCCAGGAAAGUUUGCUACGACUGCUGUUGGGAAUUGAAAUGCUGCAGACUUCCAUCAUCAACACUUUGCUCGAAAAAGUCCCCGAGUUCAUGCUGGAGGACGUCAGUGACGGAGGACUCAACAUACCACGUCUGAUUAUCACUCAGCUCAAGUGGCUGGACAGAGUUGUGGACAGCAAGGAGUUGGCAGCUAAACUGAUGGAGCUGGUGUCAGUGGCACCGGUGGACGUCGUGAGAGACAUUAUCACCAGUCUGCCUGAGAUACUGGAAGACUGUCAGCACAAUGACAUAGCCAGAGAGCUCAACUCGUUACUUCAGACCAACACCCAGCUGACUGUUCCCAUCCUGGACUCUCUCUCUAGUCUGAACCUGAGUGCAUCACUGCUGGCUGAGGUCCGCGCAGCAGUCAUGGCCACGUUGUCGGCCGUGCAGCUGGAGGACCUGCCCGUGGUCGUCAAGUUCAUCCUGCACUCUGUGUCUGCCGCUGAUUCACACGAGGUGGUCAAUAAUCUUCGUAGGAAGCUGCAGCUGGAGCAGUGCGUUCUCCCUCCCGUGUCGCAGGCCUCUCAGAGCCGCACCAAGAGCAAAUCAGCAGCCGAGGACGCUUCUAGAUCAGGAGCUGGAGACAGCGUCACACUGACGCUGGACGGCAUCAAGUCAGCAGUGAGAUUUCAGAAGACCAUAUCUGAGGCUUGGAUGAAGGCCAUAGAGUCUGUGGAGGAAGCAGAGGACCACAAGGUGAUAGAUCUCCUGGUGCUCUUCAUCCUCCACUCCACCAAUGCCAACCAGAGCCGGCGGGGGUCAGAGAGGUUGCUGAAGGUCAAAGUGAGGACGGGGCUGAUCCAGGAGGCUCUGCUGCAGAAGACGUUCAGAGACUAUUCUCAGGUACUGCGUGGAUACUUCUCCUCCAUCCUGGCUCUGGCCCAGGGCCUGUUACGUUCCAGUGACCCCUGUGUGGUGCCCUUUGGUGGACACAUGUACCGGCUCUCCUUCACUGUGUUUGACCCCUACUGUCAACAAGAGGUGGUGGGUUCGUUAGUGACCCAUGUGUGCAGUGGUGUUGGUGGGGAGGUGGACAUGGCCCUGGAGCUCCUCUGUGAUCUGGUCACAGAAAAACCCUCAGAGAUGGCGCUGUAUGCUGUUUUUGUGAAGGGAAUCCUGGACUACAUGGACAACCUCACACCCCAAGGAGCCGUCAGGAUUAUCGGCAGCAUGGCCGCCUCCAGGUCCAAAUCCAAGGAAGCACAGAAGGAGUCGUUGCCUGAGGAGACACUGAGACAGGUGAAUGCUCUGUUGGAGCUGGUGAGGUCGAGCAGCGAGAGCUCGUCUGAGGCUACAGCUCUGUUCUAUGACGAACUGGCCAAUCUGGUCAUGACCUCUGACCUGGACCCAAAGGUUCAGGGAAUCAUUUCAAACAGCGUCAUCGACGACUUUCAGAAGGACUUCGUGGUGGACGUUUCCCCUGAAAUCAAGGCUUCGUUCCCUCUGCCGACAAAAUUGCUGUACAACCUGGAAGACCUGGAAGAAAACGGCAUCGCCAUCAACCUGUUGCCUUUACUGAGUAACGACCUUCAGACCAGAGCGGAGCAGCAGGGUCCGACCAAAAAGGCACAGAGGAGAGUGUCUCCUCUGUGUUUGUCUCCUUCUUUCCGCCUCCUGAGAGUGUGUGAAAAGCAGGAAUCUGGAAGCCUGGAAAACAUUGACGGUUUACUUGGCUGCCCUCUGGUCAUGACCGACAUGGACCUGGUGGAGAAAGUGGAGAGUCUGUCAAAAACUGAGAGGGAGUUACUCUGUCACUUACUCUUCUACACCAUCAACUGGUUCAGAGAGCUGGUGAAUGCAUUUUGUGGGCAAAAAGACACGGAGCUGAAGAUGAGAGUGAUGACCCGUCUGCAGAACAUCACUUACCUUCAGACGCAAUUGGAAAAAGCCUUGGCUGGGACCCCCGGGUUUGUUCCACCUGUCGCUAACUUUGAUGGAGAUGCCACAGACGGGGCAAUAAUCGCCCCACCUGCUCCUGCAAAUAAGACAAAAAAAGGGAAUGGUGCGACGAGGAAGAGGAAAGCUCCAGGCAGGAAUUCCUCCGACGGCAGCUCUCAGCUGGAAGAAACAACAGAGGUCGAUGAAACUCUGCUGGAGCUGCCGGAGAAGGAGAAGGAAAAAGAGAAGGAGGUUGCACAUGGAGUGAGUCUGGUUUCAUACAGACAGUUCUUCAGGGAGCUGGAUGUGGAGGUGCUGAAUGUGCUGCAGUGUGGCCUGCUCAGCUGCUCACUGCUGGACUCUGAGCUGCACACCAAUGUUCAAGAGGAGGUGCAGCUGGGCCCUGCUGAGCUGGUCUUUCUUCUUGAGGACAUGCUUCGAAAACUAGAGUUCAGCCUCACCUCUGCCCCGGUCAGAAGAGCUCCGUUCCUUAAGGGAAAGUCUGAUAAAAGCGUGGGCUUCUCUCAUCUACAACAGAGAAGCUCCAAGGACAUCGCAGCCUUCUGUGUCCAGCUCCUACCUGCCCUGUGUGCACACCUGGAGAACUGUCACAACCAUUUCCAGACACUGUCGUCCAGAAACGACGGCGUUGUGGAUGGACCGGCCACAGACGUUCAGGAGCAACAUCUGAUGACGUCCUGUUACCAGCUGCUCCUGCAGGUCCUCAACACCACCUUCAGUUGGUCUGGAUUCAGUCUGCCAGGCAAUCGAAGUUUAUACAGAAAAGGUCUUGGAGUGUUGGCCGAAAGACUCAAAGGACGUUCUGAGCUGAACAUGGAGCAGCUUGUGAAGUGGGUUCCAAAAAAAAAUUUUUUUUUAAAGGUUGGAUGUAACAUGCAGAAUUGUCUUUGUCAGAGAUCUGGUCCGAUCAACAAUAAUCUGAUGUUUUAUAACUUUAUAACAAAAGCUGGAAACGUAGGGGUGGCUCGGUGGUCAAGGAAGCAGCUUUGGGUCUGGAGGGUUUCAGGUUCGAAUCCACAAUCUGCCAUUAAGCUAUUAAAGCUGCCCGCUGUAGUUCAUAAAUAUAUUUCACUUUCAUCUCAAAACAAUAACACAUAGGGGAGGGUGAAGCUUGCAGCGGCUCGGUACCAUUUAUGGGUAAAGGCACUGGAACCGGCCAAUAAGAAGAGGGCAGUUAAACAAGUGUGUGAAAAAAAACCCAGCUUGGUUCCGUCCGGGGUAAAGACCCAUACUUAUUUGCAUGUAAGUAACAAAAUGGUUUCAUAGUUCAGUGGUUAACAUGCCUGCCUUGCAAGCAAAGAGCAGAGAGUCUUGGGUACGAUUCCCAGAGGAACUACCUACACCUAGUGGCCCCUCCCCUUCUUGUAAGUCGCUUUGUAUAAAGUGUAAGAGUUGAACUAAAUGCCUCCGU